AACUUGAAGUGAAGAAAAAAAAGAUAUGAAACUUGGCAAUGGCUGUGGUUGCAGUGCAGCAGCAAUUCCUGUGCUUCUCAGAAUCAAAUUGGAUGAGUAGAAAAAGACCAUGCCUUAACACUUACGGUGCCAUUUUUCUACGUUCACCUAAAAAGAUUCAAUUUUCACUCAUUUCAUGCUCUUCAUCACAGACCCCAGAAGCUGAUACUCAAACUGCUGAAUCUUGCGUCAAUUUGGGUCUUCAGCUCUUCUCCAAAGGACGGGUUAAAGAUGCUUUAAUCCAGUUUGAGACAGCGCUUUCCUUGAAUCCCAAUCCUGUGGAGGCCCAAGCUGCGUUAUAUAACAAAGCUUGCUGUCAUGCAUACAGAGGAGAAGGAAAGAAAGCUGCCGAGUGUCUCCGCACUGCUUUGAGGGAAUACAACCUAAAAUUUGGUACAAUCCUCAAUGAUCCAGACUUGGCCUCCUUCAGAGCUUUGCCUGAAUUCAAAGAACUACAAGAAGAGGCCAGGCUGGGUGGGGAAGAUAUUGGCUACAGUUUUCGGAGAGAUCUUAAACUUAUUAGUGAAGUUCAAGCACCAUUUCGUGGGGUUAGAAGAUUCUUUUAUGUAGCACUGACGGCAGCUGCAGGAAUAUCAUUGUUGUUUACUGUGCCCAGACUAUUUCAUGCAAUUAAAGGUGGUGAUGAUGCUCCUGAUCUCUUGGGAACUGCUGGGAAUGCUGCCAUUAACAUUGGAGGUAUUGUUGUUUUUGUGGCAUUAUUCUUUUGGGACAACAAAAAAGAGGAGGAACAGCUUGCACAAAUAUCCCGAGAUGAGACACUAUCAAGGUUGCCGUUGCGUCUUUCAACUAAUCGUGUAGUUGAACUUGUGCAGCUACGGGACACAGUUAGGCCAGUUAUCUUAGCAGGAAAAAAAGAAACAGUAUCUUUGGCUUUGCAAAGAGCGGAUAGAUUUCGCACUGAGCUCCUUAAACGUGGUGUUCUGUUAGUUCCUGUCAUCUGGGGAGAAGGUAGGGAAACAAAAUUUGAGAAGAAAGGUUUUGGUCUUCGACCAAAGGCUGCUGAAGCUCUUCCAUCCAUUGGGGAAGAUUUUGAGAAGCGAACAGAGGCUGUAACUGCAAAGUCGAAGUUGCAAGCUGAAAUUAGGUUCAAGGCUGAGGUUGUAUCACCGGCAGAAUGGGAACGGUGGAUAAGAGAUCAGCAGAAGUCCGAAGGAGUUUCACUUGGUGAAGACGUGUACAUAAUACUACGCUUAGAUGGGCGGGUUCGAAGAUCAGGGAAAGGUAUGCCUGACUGGCAGCAAAUUGUGAAGGAGCUGCCGCCAAUGGAAGAUUUGUUAAGCAAGCUAGAAAGAUGAGAAGUAAACAUUAUACUUCCAUUCCUCCACGAUCAAUACAGACUACAGAGAAGUGAAUGGAAGAAUUUUUAAAGGAAGGAAGAUUAACAUUGAUAAAAAGUCUAAACGAAGUUGUAUAUUUUUUUACCACACAAAUUGGUAAGUGAAUGUAUCUGGGCUUAUCUAACCCUACUUAAAUUCAAUUUUGAUACUGCCAGUUAAACUUGGUUAUAAUCACGCAUUGAUAAAAAGUCAACCAAACCAAUAUGAUCAUUAUUUUAGCAUACAGCAGAUUUUAGCUUCAUUUUUGACAACUUAAUUCACAUGACAUGGUGAGUUCACAAUCUAGGCUCUUGUGUAAAUCUGUAUCUGUUCUAGGAGGGUGAGUAAAAGAGUCCCUUUUUGUUUUUGUUUUUGUUUUUUUGUUUUUGUUUUUGUUUUUUAGUUUUUAGUUUUUAGUUUUUUUGUUUUUUGUUUUGCUUUGGGUAUUUGAGAGGGGCUGGGGGGACUCCCUUCCACCAUAUAGUUUUGGGAAAACAAUGUAAACAC